UGUGUGUGAUAAUCCGCUGAGAAAUACUGUCCAUGGGAAGCCUUCAACUACUUCAAUUGUUAUGCUCAUGACUCUUAGAAAGAAGUGAAUGUAGGCACCUAAUGGUUCGAGAAAUUCUUUCUACUUGUAAGUGAAACUCGGGUAGGCUGUUCACAGGGCCUGAGGGGAAUCCUCUUGAUAGUAAUGACAAGGUGUUUCGCCCAUUUAAGUCAUCCCUGCCCCCCUCCCUCCUUUGGAACCUCCCUCGACGAACAUUUUGGUCUUGCACUUGAAAUAUCCAACCCAUUUUAUCUUUGUUUUACUCAGGACAGUGACUUUGACCUCCACACUGUUUUAACACAGUAGAUAAGACAGAUACUGUGUUGCCAAAAUUCUUUGGCCUACAUUUAAGUGGGAUGCAGCUAGACUGGAGGCCUGAAACUUUGUAGGUACUUGUGUCUUUAUUUCAUUCACUGAGAAGUUCAGGGGUUAGUUUCCCCUGCAAGAUAGCCACACAGCAAAAAUGUUCGCAAAACUAAAGAAGAAAAUUGCAGAAGAGACUGCUGUUGCUCAGAGGCCAGGAGGCUCCACUAGAAUCCCACGGUCUGUGAGCAAGGAGUCUGUGACCUCUGUGGGAGCUGACUCAGGAGAUGACUUUGCUUCAGAUGGAAGCAGCUCCAGAGAAGAUCUCUCAUCCCAGCUAUUAAGAAGAAAUGAACAGAUACGGAAGUUAGAGGCCAGACUUUCUGACUAUGCUGAACAGGUCCGAAACUUGCAGAAGAUAAAAGAGAAGCUUGAAAUUGCAUUAGAAAAACACCAAGAUUCUUCCAUGCGGAAAUUUCAAGAGCAGAAUGAGACAUUCCAAGCCAACAGAGCCAAAAUGGCAGAAGAACUCGCUUUGGCAUUAGCCAGGAAGGACCAGGAAUGGUCAGAAAAGAUGGACCAGCUUGAAAAGGAUAAAAGGUUUCUGACAACUCAGCUGCAGGAAAUGAAGAAGCAGAGCCUGAGCCUUUUUCAAAAGAGAGAUGAAAUUGAUGAACUAGAGGGGUUCCAGCAACAGGAAAUCAGCAAAGUAAAGCACAUGCUUUUAAAAAAAGAAGAAACCUUAGGAAAAAUGGAGCAAGAAUUGGAAGCACGAACCAGAGAGCUGAAUCGCACUCAGGAGGAGUUGGUAACUUCUAAUCAGAUGUCAUCUGACUUAAACCAGCGGAUAGAAGAAUUGCAGAGACACUGCUCAACGCUGGAAGAACAGAGAAAUCGCAUGAUGUCUUCAAAAGCAUUUGCAGAACAUAAGAUCGUAGUCCUGGAACAAAAGGAACAAGAACUGCAAGCAUUCAUUCAGCAGCUUUCCAUUGAUUUGCAAAAGGCCACUGCUGAAACUCAAGAGAAAGAAAAAAUCAUCACACAUUUGCAAGAGAAGCUUAUAUCCUUGGAAAAGGCAUUAGAACAGAAUUUAUCCGGAGAAGAUCAUGUACAAGAACUCUUGAAAGAGAGAACAGUUGCCGAACAGAAUCUAGAAGAUACUAGGCAGCAGCUCUUGGCUGCCAGGAACAGCCACACCAAGGCCAUUGAUCUCCUGGAGACUCAGGUGAAGGAUCUAGAGCAAAGCCUACAGGCCACUGAGGAGCAGCUGAGCCAGAGCAGGGAUGUUGUGGUUGCCCAGGAAGCCCAGAUCCAGAAGCUUAUCACUAAAAACCAAGAAAGCAGCCUUUCCCAACAGCAGGUUCUUUCCCUGGAGCAGCAAUGCAGGGAACGCACUCAUGCUCUGGAGGCCCAGAUUGAAGCUCUGGAACAAACACGGGUGGCCAACAAGAUAGCUUCAGAGAAGGAAAUGCAACAGCUGCAGCAGGAGAAUAUGGCCCUUAAAGAAAGCAGAAAUGAAUGUGAACGUUCUUUACAACAUCACCAAUUUGAACUUAAGAAACUAAAGGAUGAAUGGAGCCAAAGAGAAAUUGUAAGUGUAGCUAUGGCACAAGCCCUGGAGGAGGUGCGGAAACAGAGGGAAGAGUUCCAGCAACAGGCUGCCCAGCUGACAACCAUCAUAGAAGAGAAAAAUCGGAACCUGUGUGAAAAGGACAAAGUGCUUCUCCAUAAGGAGCAGGAACUUCGCCAGCUGGAGAAAGGUCACGAUUCUGCCCUACUACAGAUUCACCAACUGCAGAGUGAACUGGAGGCCUUGAGGAGCUGUAGAGCCCAGGAGGCUGUAGAACCCACAACAGGAGAGGACCCCCUGCAGCUGCAGGGCCAGGAGCCACUUGUCAUCGCAAAAGCCAUGCAGGAUUCUGAGUAUGAGCUUCAGGCUGCAGACGGAACCCCAAAUGGUGAGGUUGAAGCCAUGGAUCUAGAGCAGCUACAGAAAGAAAAGCAGGACUUAGAGCAGCAACUUACAGAGAAAAAUAAGAUUAUGAAGCAGAUGCAGCAGAGGAUGCUGGAACUUAAGAAGACUCUACAGAAGGAGCUGAAAAUCAGGCCUGACAGUGAGCUUUUUGAGGUCCGGGAAAAGACAGGCCCUGAGAUACCAAAUAUGGCCCCUUCUGUCACCAAUAAUGCUGACCUGACUGAUGCCCGAGAGAUCAACUUUGAAUACCUUAAACAUGUUGUUUUAAAAUUCAUGUCCUGUCGAGAAUCUGAGGCUUUUCAUCUCAUAAAAGCAGUGUCAGUGCUGUUGAACUUUUCACAAGAAGAAGAGAGCAUGCUCAAAGAAACUCUGGAGUAUAAGAUGUCUUGGUUUGGAUCCAAACCAGCUCCCAAGGGCAGCAUCCGGCCAUCUAUCUCCAACCCUCGGAUACCAUGGUCCUAGAACCACCCAAGGAGUGAGCUACAUGGGCUGACACUCUGUGAAAAAAAUACUGACACACCAGACUGGGUGGGUUUUUAAUUGCUGUUAACUGCAGUUUUUUGUGUAAGUGUCUAGACACUGUUUACAAGCCUUAGGCCAACCUCCUUGCAAGCUGGUAUGAACUUCAUUCUGGUCACCAAACAAGAGCGAUACUGGGCACUGCCCAGAUCUUCGUAGUGCUGCUAAUAUCCCAGCUCUGGCCAGCUAUAGUUGAGUCCUCUAUCUUUGAACAUUAGCACUUAAAAUUGAAGUGAUUGGCAUAUCAGGGAACAACUAAUUAUCAAACAGAGGUUACAUGACUGAAGGGGGAGUCAGUCCUUUCAUAGAAAAGCCAACUCAAGGGUGGUCGUUGAAGUCCCCUUCCAGUAGCAUGUUGGGGUUCUCAUGCAAUGUUGCCUCUCAAGAAAGUAUCAUUUCAUUUUGUUUCCCCAACCACCUAGAACUUGAGAUGUGUCCAUCUCAUAGGUAACGGGGCCAAUGUGGACUGAUGAGUAUGCAACUUUCCAGUCCUGAGAAAGCUAGCAAGCAGACGGAAUGAUCUCUACGUAGAGCACCAAAUACACUCAGUUGCCUUCUUAAUGAAUGUGCUCGUCUUGGAUGGGUUGCUGGUAAACCAUUUUAAACUAUUUUUAUAGCAAAUGUUCUUCACUAUUAUAAACAUGUCUUCUGUAUCAUAAAAUACAUUUAAAAAGGAAAAUCAGAGCACCAAAUCUUUGUAGUGCCAGUCAUGCCCCUUUGUCAUUAUGCUUGCCUUCUGUGGCAACUGCCCUCUGAAGCAGUGGAGUUUCUCUGGCUUUGCUCUGAAUUCUGUCGUACUACCACUGAGCAAGAGCCAAUCACACUUUUCUCCUUAAGAACAACCUGCUGAAUUCAAGGAAAGCAGGCUGUCACUCUCCUGCUGCCAGUAUUUAACACUACAUUCAUACCUGGCAUCCAGACAGCCCAGUUGGCUGCUGCCCUUGAUAGCAUAUAUGCCUCAGUUUUAUCUGAUAGAAACUUAUGUUCAUUUUUACACUUGCUUUGGAUAAGCCACUUUAGCUCUCAAGGGAAACCAUUUGAUUUGAGUUUGAAAGUUUCAUUAGCAAUUAAAGUAAUAACUGGAGCUUCUAAAGUUAACAUUUAUCUAGGUAAAUUUAUAUUUUUCAUCUUAAGGCCAACAUAUGUAUGUACACACAUACAGUGUGCCUGCCAUACAGAAAUCCAAGUAUUUGCAGCAUUUGCCUUCUAAAUCAGGAUGGCAUUGCUUUGGCUGUGGCUCCUCUUAAAGUUUCCUAUUUAGUGGGGCAUGAAACCAGAGUCCCACUGUUCUAUGACUUUACUGAGAAAGAUGUAGCUUUUCCACCAAGUAGGAUAUCCUACUUUCCUCCUGCCCCAGGUAAGAACCCCCAGAGAACUGGGCAGUCCAUAGCCCUCCAAAAGCAGCUACAAUCCCAGCUUAGGAGGCCCUUUCUAGGCCUGAGGUUUCUCAGCCCCUUGAGCUGCUUUCUCUCUCUCCUCUCUCUGUCCUCCCUCUCCUCUGUCUCUGUCUGUCUCUCUCUCUCCUGCCUGGAAGUUGAGAUGUAGCUGUGGGGCCUGGCCCACUCAUUUAAAUGGCUUUCCUGCUGCACGUUAAGCUCCUUCAGCACUAGAAGAGUGCAAUAGCUAUUCUAAGGAGUUUGAUGCACUUUACUUCUAUAACCUUUGAUAACGAGACAGUACAUGUAGCCCUUUAUAUAUGAGCACUGGACUGUGAUCUUACUACCAAUGUAAAUAGGGGUGGCAUUAUCUAAAAACUGCUGUGAGUCAUUUGUGGUGCAAUACUUUUUGAUUAAAGCACUUCAGGAUGCAACUACAGUGAGUUUUACUUGAUAAGUUUGAGGAGGGGAUUUUUGUUGUUGUUUUUUCCAAGACAGGGAUUUUCUGUGUAGCCCCAGCUGUCCUGGAAUUCACUAUGUAGACUAGACUGGCCUCUAACUCAAGAGAUCCUCCUGCCUCUGCCUUGAGUGCUGGGAUUAAAAGUGUGCACCACCACCACCUGGCUUUGUACUUAAUAUUUCAAGGGCUACAGAUGUUUGUCUAUCAGAAGCAAUCAAACUCCCCAGAUUAAUGGUGAAUAAAUAUAUGAUUUAAUGACG